UCCGGCACUGGGUGUCAGGCUUUUCAAUUGAGGGAGGCAGCAGCAGGGUUCCUCCAAUGCGCGCAAGCUCUGGCUGCUGCUCGAGCCGCUGCUGGAGGAUUUCUUUGUCUCGGCCAUGCACUGGAUGCCGAUCUGCGGCGCCGCGUCUCGCAUCGAGCUAAGCAGCUAGUUAGAAUAUUUGGGAAUCGCCGCUCGGAAUCGCCCCUCCGCUCGCACGGCGCCUCUGCGGCGCCUAGGCGGCAGAGAUACAGCUUGAAUCGUGGCACCGAUCUCCCGAAGAAAUUGAGGUGAUUUUGGGGCUUGCUUUUCACGGAGAAUGGAGAACGACGUAGAGAAGCCCAGCAAGGCUGCAAUGCUCGAGGCCAUUAACAAGGAGGCCGUUGAUCUGGAAAACAUUCCCAUUGAGGAGGUCUUUGAUCAACUGCGAUGCACGAGGAAAGGUCUGACGAGCGAGGAGGGCGAGGAGCGCCUCAAAAUUUUUGGUCAUAACAGGCUAGAGGAGAAGCAGGAGAGCAAGUUUUUUAAGUUCCUGGGAUUCAUGUGGAAUCCUUUGUCUUGGGUGAUGGAAGCUGCAGCAGUGAUGGCCAUAGCUCUCGCUAACGGAGACAAUCGGCCGCCCGACUGGCAAGACUUCGUUGGGAUCAUAGCAUUGCUCGUCAUUAACUCAACCAUAAGCUUCAUUGAAGAAAACAACGCUGGAAAUGCGGCGGCGGCCUUAAUGGCGCGUCUUGCACCAAAGACUAAGGUGUUGCGAGACGGUCGAUGGGGCGAGCAGGAUGCCAGUAUUUUAGUUCCCGGUGACAUUGUAAGCAUCAAGUUGGGAGAUAUCGUUCCAGCGGACGCCCGUUUACUUGAAGGAGACCCUCUCAAAAUAGACCAGUCCGCGCUUACAGGCGAAUCUCUACCUGUUACCAAGUAUCCUGGCGACGAAGUUUACUCGGGGUCGACAUGCAAGCAAGGAGAGAUUGAGGCAGUUGUGAUAGGGACGGGGGUUCACACUUUCUUUGGAAAGGCUGCACAUCUGGUAGACACUACAAAUCAAGUCGGUCAUUUCCAGAAGGUUCUUACAGCAAUCGGAAACUUCUGCAUAUGCUCCAUUGCGAUUGGAAUGGUUAUCGAACUUAUAGUAAUGUACCCCAUCCAACAUAGAACCUACAGGUCUGGGAUUGACAACCUGCUGGUACUUUUGAUUGGAGGCAUCCCCAUCGCUAUGCCCACUGUUCUCUCCGUGACAAUGGCAAUUGGCUCUCACCGGCUUGCGCAGCAGGGUGCUAUUACUAAGCGAAUGACUGCAAUAGAGGAGAUGGCAGGAAUGGAUGUCCUUUGCAGUGACAAGACCGGCACCUUAACUUUGAAUAAGCUAACCGUCGACAAGAAUCUCGUGGAGGUACUUAAGUUUUAUCCAAGACUGAACGUUUUUAAGUGCUGUGUUCGUUCUGCACAGGUUUUUGCAAAAGGAUACGACAAAGAUUACGUUUUGCUACUUGCUGCUAGAGCGUCAAGGAUGGAAAAUCAAGAUGCCAUUGACGCAGCUGUUGUCGGUACGCUUGCUGAUCCAAAGGAGGCCCGUGCUGGUAUUGAGGAAGUUCACUUUCUUCCAUUUAAUCCUACGGAUAAGCGUACUGCUCUGACUUAUAUUGACUCUGACGGGAAGAUGCACAGAGCCAGCAAAGGCGCACCUGAGCAGAUAUUAGAUCUUUCUUACAAUAAGGUUGAGAUUGCUCAAAGGGUGCACGCCGUCAUUGACAAAUUUGCUGAGCGUGGCCUUCGCUCUCUUGCAGUCGCAUGCCAGGACGUUCCCGAGGGCAACAAAGAGAGUCCAGGGGGUCCAUGGCAAUUUGUAGGCUUAAUGCCUUUGUUUGAUCCUCCUCGGCAUGACAGCGCCGAGACUAUUCGUAGGGCCCUGAAUCUUGGGGUCAACGUAAAGAUGAUAACUGGGGACCAGCUUGCUAUUGGCAAAGAAACUGGCCGACGUCUUGGCAUGGGAACUAACAUGUAUCCGUCAUCUUCGCUUCUUGGACAAAGCAAAGGGGAGGCAUUUGAAGGAUUGCCAAUUGACGAACUGAUUGAAAAAGCCGAUGGAUUUGCGGGGGUAUUUCCAGAGCACAAGUACGAGAUAGUAAAGCGCUUGCAAAUGAAGAAGCAUAUAUGUGGAAUGACUGGUGACGGUGUCAAUGAUGCGCCUGCUCUGAAGAAGGCAGAUAUAGGAAUUGCAGUGGCAGAUGCAACAGAUGCAGCAAGGGGUGCUUCAGAUAUAGUCCUGACAGAACCUGGCCUGAGCGUGAUAAUAAGCGCCGUGCUAACAAGUCGCGCGAUUUUUCAGAGGAUGAAGAACUAUACUAUUUAUGCCGUAUCCAUCACUAUAAGGAUAGUGCUUGGUUUUAUGCUGCUGGCGUUGAUAUGGAAGUUCGAUUUUCCCCCAUUCAUGGUGCUAAUCAUUGCAAUAUUGAACGAUGGCACAAUCAUGACCAUCUCCAAGGACAGAGUGAAACCAUCUCCUUUGCCUGACAGUUGGAAGCUCUCGGAGAUUUUUGCGACAGGAGUUGUGAUCGGCAGUUACCUUGCGCUUAUGACAGUCAUUUUCUACUGGCUGGCAGACAAGACUACCUUUUUCCCUGACCAUUUCCACGUUCCUCACAUUGGAAGCGAUGCCAACAAAAUGCAUUCGGCCAUCUAUUUGCAAGUUAGUAUCGUAAGCCAGGCUCUGAUUUUCGUCACGAGGUCGAGAAGCUGGUCCUUCAUGGAAAGGCCUGGAUUUCUUCUCGUUGUGGCGUUUCUUAUUGCCCAGCUGAUUGCGACUUUUAUUGCCGUGUACGCCAACUGGGGCUUUGCCUUUGUGGAGGGAAUUGGCUGGGGUUGGGCCGGUGUUAUAUGGCUAUACAACAUCGUCUUCUACUUCCCUCUGGAUGUUAUCAAGUUCGCUGUGCGUUACAUACUAAGUGGCAGAGCAUGGGAGCUUCUAUUCGAGCAAAGAACUGCUUUUACGCGCCAAAAAGACUUCGGAAGGGAGGCUCGGGAAGUGAAGUGGGCUCAGGCGCAACGAACUCUACACGGGCUCCAGCCACCGGACUUCAAGAUACCCGAGAAGGGUACUCACAAAGAGACGUCAGACAUGGCCGAGCAGGCUUUAAGGAGAGCCGAGAUUGCAAGGUUGAGAGAGCUUCACACUUUAAAGGGUCACGUCGAAUCUGUAGUGAGGUUGAAAGGCUUGGACAUCAACACCAUCCAGCAGGCCUACACUGUCUAGAGGCGAUCGAUCGAGUGAGCGACGCGAUAGUAGUGGAAUGUGGAUAUAUUUCCAGUGAUGCUAGUGAGCUAGCUAGCACAGCUAUGGUGGUUUGUAGCGUUUGGACAAUUAUCAUACUGACAUAUAUGUUGAAUAAUAGGAGAUAGGAGAGAAAGCGGAGCGUGACAA